AGCUCCCACAGCAGCAAUACGCCAAUCCACGUGUAUUUAAGGAAUCUCAUAGCUCGACCUCCAUACUUUGAGCAGCAACAGCAGUCGUUACUGAUCACCUGCAAAGCUUUCGUCCUACUCCAAGGUCGACCAAGAGAUGGCUGCUUCCUUCUCCUCCACCGUCGGAGCUCCGGUGUCCACGCCGACCAGCUUCCUUGGGAAGAAGCUCAAGAAGCAGGUGACCUCGGCAGUGAACUACAAUGGAAAGAGCUUCAAGGCCAACAGGUUCACAGUCAUGGCCAAGGACCUCGAUGAGGGAAAGCAGACCGACCAGGACAAGUGGAAAGGCCUGGCCUACGACAUCUCCGACGACCAGCAGGACAUCACCAGGGGGAAGGGUAUCGUGGACGCCCUCUUCCAGGCUCCCAUGGGUGACGGGACGCACGAGGCCGUCCUCAGCUCCUACGAGUACCUCAGCCAGGGCCUGAAGCAGUACGACUUCGACAACACCAUGGGAGGCUUCUACAUCGCCCCGGCUUUCAUGGACAAGCUCGUUGUCCACCUCUCCAAGAACUUCAUGACCCUGCCCAACAUCAAGAUCCCACUCAUCUUGGGUAUCUGGGGAGGCAAGGGUCAAGGAAAAUCCUUCCAGUGUGAGCUUGUCUUCGCCAAGAUGGGCAUCAACCCAAUCAUGAUGAGUGCCGGAGAGCUGGAGAGUGGCAACGCCGGAGAGCCAGCCAAGCUCAUCAGGCAGCGGUACCGUGAGGCUGCAGACAUGAUCAAGAAGGGUAAGAUGUGCUGCCUCUUCAUCAACGAUCUCGACGCCGGUGCGGGUCGGAUGGGUGGAACCACCCAGUACACCGUCAACAACCAGAUGGUGAACGCCACCCUCAUGAACAUUGCGGAUGCACCCACCAACGUGCAGCUCCCAGGAAUGUACAACAAGGAGGAGAACCCCCGUGUUCCCAUCAUCGUCACGGGUAACGAUUUCUCCACCUUGUACGCGCCCCUCAUCCGUGACGGCCGUAUGGAGAAGUUCUACUGGGCUCCCACCCGCGAGGACCGGAUCGGUGUCUGCAAGGGUAUCUUCCAAACUGACAACGUCAGCGACGAGUCCGUCGUCAAGAUCGUUGACACCUUCCCAGGCCAAUCCAUCGACUUUUUCGGUGCUCUGCGUGCUCGGGUGUACGAUGACGAGGUCCGCAAGUGGGUCUCCUCCACCGGAAUUGAGAACAUCGGCAAGAGGCUAGUGAACUCACGGGACGGACCCGUCACCUUCGAGCAGCCAAAGAUGACAGUUGAGAAGUUGUUGGAGUACGGCCACAUGCUUGUCCAGGAGCAGGACAAUGUCAAGCGUGUGCAGCUUGCUGACACUUACAUGAGCCAGGCAGCUCUGGGUGAUGCUAACCAGGAUGCCAUGAAGACUGGUUCCUUCUACGGUUAGAACACUCUUCAUACACCCAACAUCUCUAGCUGCAUAGGAGGAGGUAAAGGAGCACAACAAGGAACUUUGCCUGUGCCGGAAGGUUGUACCGACCGGGAAGCCAAGAACUUCGACCCAACUGCGAGGAGCGACGAUGGCAGCUGCCUUUACACCUUUUAAGCAUGCCACUUUACUUAUUCUGAUGUUUCACUCUUUCUACCUAAGUCCGCAUCGCAUCCAAGCGAUGGCUGGGCAUGAAAGUUUUUGUUAAUAUAUAAAGGAUACCGAGUAUAUUCAUUUGGUAAAAAUAUAUGGAACUGCUUAUCAUUUUCUACUGUCA